AGCAUAAAGAACCCCAGGGGCAGAGCAGGCUCCAUCCUCCCAGAGAGCCCCGAGGCUGUGCCUGCUCAGGAGAAACCAGGCUCCAGGAGCAACAUGUCUCAACUGGAAACUGCCAUGGGGAUGACCAUUGCUGUCUUUGACCAGUAUGCAAGGACUGAUGGCAACAGGCAAACCCUCAGCAAAGCAGAGCUAAAGACUCUGCUGGAAAAGGAGCUCCCCAAUUUCCUCGCGUCUGGGAAGGACAAGAAUGCUAUUGAUAAAGUCUUCAAGAACCUGGAUGAAAAUGGAGAUUCCCAAGUGGACUUCAAAGAAUUUGUUAUCUUUGUGGCAGCUCUGACUUGCUGCUGUCACAAAUAUUUUGAGCAGAAUGCAGCCAAAUAGUUGUCAAACUACUCACAUAAGCUGUCUUUGUGUGUGCUCCAUAUGCUAGUGAUAUGGAUCCCUUGACUCCCUCCAUGUACUGCCAUGAAGUUUGCAAGCACACUGGACUGUAAAAAUAAACCCUACUGAGCUCAUUCCCUACCCUGAAUGCUAAUUUCUUCUCAUUUGUGGAACAGCCUGGGUUUAACGACUCCCACUAACUCACACUGUGUAGUUUCUCCCUUUCUUUGG